AGACAUUCAUGGCAUGGAUCUGGAACUUCCUGUUUGGCUGGAGCGGAAGAGUAGAGGACAAUAAGCAGGUCCUCUUGGAUGAACCAUGGAGGAACGUUGUGGAAUGACAGAUGUGCCUCUAGUGGUACUGCUGACUAAAGUGGACAAAGCAUGUCCAAGCUUGGAAAAGGACUUGAGGAAAGUGUACCGCAGCCGCUACAUAAAGGAGCUGGUGCGACAGAAAUGCAAGCUUGCAGAAGAUGCCUCCAAUUUAGAUACAGAAACAGAGACAGAGGCUGGACUGAAGAGUGACUUAGUUUCAACCCGUGGGAAGCGAAAGAUGAACAGCAGGUAUGCAUUUCCUGGGGAGGAAAGUGACAGUGAUGAAGAAAAUAAAGGUCCUUGCCCAGAAGCCCCAGCACCACCACCAGCACUACAUGUCAAAACUUCUACCUUAAGAGAUGAACCCCCUUUAUCAAAUAAAAGGGCAAUACCAAUGGCACCAGCACCACCAGUCCCAAUAGGCUCAUCACCGCACACAUCACCAUUGGGAGUGACUGAUUCAAUACCACCAUUGGAAGUGAUGGCUACGAGCUCACCUAAGACUAAGACAAUAUUGUUGAAAAUCAGGUUUGAUUUCAAAAUAUUCGACGUCUCAAGCCCAUUGACUUCUGAAAGUAAUAAGAGAAAAUUAGAGUCGACCUUGUCUUUAAGGCAUUCAAGAAUACCAGUUUCAAAUGAAGGUUUAAAAGGAAAUACAUGAGGUUAAGCUGCUUGCCAUAAACACCCAAAGGAUGGUUCAGAAUUUGCUUAGUACGAAAUAUGGUGAUGAUGAAGAAUUACCUGAAGAUACCCCCAAGCUUCCAGCAAAAACUGAGAAGGAACUGGAAGACCAGAACAAGGCUUUGAAGGAGUCGUCAGUCAUUCGAAGACUAUCGCAUUCUCUUUUUUCCAGGUGAAGCAACUGGCAGCUAUUGGCGGAAAAGAUAUGCGUGCCAUUAUAAACCUCAUCAUGCCCAAUAUAGUUACAAAUUCCCUGGGUGAGAAAUACAGCUUUAAGGGGAGAAAAAGGAAAAAUAACUUUUCUGCAUGCAAGGCUGUAGUCAGUUUGGUGAAGAAGGCAGUCAGGAAAAAUCCUUUUGGUGAAAAUGCCCAGGAAGAUGACAUUGGAAGGGCGUUUGAAGAGUGGCUUAAACACUCAUGUGAUCGAGAGGGAGGAUGGCAAAAGAGCAAGGCCAAGGCAGCAACUGACACAACUAAUGCUGCACCCGCAGUUCAUGUCUUGAGUGACAAAAGGGAUGUGAUGUAAA